CAUUGUAGUUUUCAUCCCAACUGCACACAACAUCUCUUUCUAAAUCGUGAUCCGACCUUUCCUCUUCAAUCUGUUUUACAGAUUUGCUCUGUUUGGUAAUCUGCAACCCCAAAUACGACAACAAUCAAUUGCACCCGUUAAUCAUCACCCACACCACACCCAUCAUAAAAUACUACUCAUUAUUCAAACCAUUCCAUUUUGUACCCAUCACACCAUUUUAUCAUUAAACAAACAAAUCAAACCAGCCCAACUCUUUCUUUGUUCUUCAAAAUAGUUUUGCUAUUUUGCUCUUCUUUUUUUCUUUUUUCUUUUUUUCUGGUGGAUCUGAGGUCUCUCUCUAUCUCUGCAACUGUUAAUGGGUUUUGGUCAAUUCUUGGUUUUGAAUUGUUUUGCAUUCAUUUUCUCAUCUGGGUCUCUCGGAUUUUCUUGGUUUCUUGGCUUUUCUGUGAUUUGGGUUUUAAAUAGAGGCUAAUUGGGAGAGAAUUAGGCUGAUCAGUGCUGAGAAAAGCUGUUUGUUAGCAGAGAAACUACACAGUGAUUCAGAAUAUGCCUCAAGACGGUCUGAGAUCGGCUGUGUACAGAUCAUUUAUCAUAUGUGAUGAUCCAAAAGGCGUAAUUGAAUGUAAAACAAUCAGAAAAUCCAAAACCAAUCCUAACAGAUCAGAUGAAAAAGGCAAAAAUCGAAGAAAUCCUAGGAAUUUGAAUUCCUCUUCUGCAUUCAAAGAAGAAUCAAUGAAGAUGGGCUCGAAAAAUGUCAGAGAAGAAGAUUCAGAUAACCCAUGGUCUGUGGGGAUGACAAUUGAUGGGCAUUCUACAGAAAUUGCGAAAGAUUUGUUGAAAGGAGCUCUUGAUUUGCAAGAGUCUUUGAUCAUGCUUGGAAAACUACAAGAUAAGUUGUGGGAAAAUCGAAAGGAAAAAUCUAGGGGAGACAGAAUUGGUGAAGUGGGGAUUGAAAGAACAAAAUCCCAUCACUUCCAAGAUCAUAAUUCCCAAAUGGGAUUUGAGAAACCGGGAUUUUCUGCUGAUGGGUGUUCGAGGGAUUGUUUUGAGGAGCUUAGGACUGUGAUCAGAGACGGCCUUGCUAGGCAAAAUCUUUUGCUGCCCAGUUGCACUGAAAAAAAGGCUUACUGUGAUAAAAGAACACUGGACUCGGGUACUGAUAUUGCCUCCACUAGCUCAAGCCAGUCCUUCCAAGGCUUUGCCUCUUCUGAUAGUUCACUCUCAUCAAAUGCUCCUCACAAGUCAAAAGGCUCGAAUUUGAUUGCCAAGCUUAUGGGUUUGGAAGAAAUUCCCUCAGAAACCGUGCAGAUUUGUCCCCAGAAAAAGUUGGAGAGUAAAAUGAUUUCCUUUCAGAGAAGGCCUAUGUUUGAAAUUGACAUGCCAAAGGCGAGGAAAUCUCAUUCUGCUGAUUAUAAGGUAGAUACAGAACAGAAGAAACUGAAAGAAAUAGUCAAAAGAUUUGAAAACAUGCAAUUUGAAGGGCUUGUGAAUGGCAAUUCUGACGAAGGGUUUGGGCUUCAAUCGCAUCGUUCUGAUGCAUCCAACUCCAAAAAGAGGUAUACUGAAGAUGCCCCACCUAUUGUAAUAAUAAAACCUUUGCAAUUUUCAAGUGUGGAGGUGGAAGAGACUCGCCUGCAAAAGUUUCUCCACGGUAUGGGAGCCCUCAACAGCAAGAAGGUGCUUGGGGAAUUGAAAAUGCAAGAACUUCAAGCCCCAGCCACAGGCCAUUGUGAAGAAGGUUUUAGUACUGGUAAUUUGUCUAGAAGACACAGAGGUGAAGAAACUCCAGUCAAAAGGCUUGGCCGGGAAGGGGUAAAAAAUUCUGAAGGGAUACAAGCAAAAGCAGAAGAGAAAGUAGUCCAGACCAAUGACAAGCUGUCUUCUAAUGAGUUGAAAGCUUUCGUACUGCCUUCAAAUCAGCAAGAGAAAAAGAAAGUGAUUGGGAAGAAAGUUGAUAGGAUACAGAAGGUGGCACUGCGAGCAAAGAAACCAGAAGAAAUGGAGAAAGUGAAAUCCAAAGCUGUUUCUAAGUCCCGUGAUGAAGCCAAAGUGACCUCCACAAAACAAAGAAAACCUGAGACGGGGUCAAUCAUUGCAAAGAGCUGUAUUUCCCAGCAAAAAUCCACCUCCUCAAGCGGCAAUUCAAAACAUACAACACCAGCCAUAUCGUGUAAUCGUGGUGAUCGGGAAAAGAAUCUGAAUAAUGAGAAGCCAAGCAAGGAGCCCUUGGCAGCUAAUUCUGUUGUUGAAAAUGUGGGAUGCAAGUAUGGUGACAAGUCAAUUGGCCUUAGUUGUGAAAAUGAAUCCGAUAUGACAAGAACUGGCACUACAACUGCGGAUCAACUCCUUCCUAAAGAAAGGACAGAUUCCUCUGAAUUUCAGAGUAAAGACCAGUAUGAUAGCAACCAGAAUUCUAUCUGCAAUGUUAUACCACAGACUACCCAACAUGAAAGCUUCACCAAAUCAUCUGAAGAAGCUAACCAUUGCAUCAAUAGUACUGAGAAGAAAUGCUUCAGAACAGAAGCUAAUGUCGAAGAUUUGCUUUUGAGCAGUCCAUUGUUCCUCAGUUAUGCGGAGGAGCACUUUAAUAUCAAUGACAAACAUGCGAUAGUUUUACAGAAAACUAGUUCAAAUGAUUCUGGGAUAGCCGAUGCUAGAUUCUUGGUGGACUGUGCAAAGGAACUUGUGCAACAUAAAAGCCUUAGAUGUUCACAAACCAAACAUCCAUUGUUACUUGCUUCUUUGAGGUGCUCAAAGAUCUCCAUCUCGCUAGCCAAACUGGUCGAGGAAGUGCGUGAUGGAAUUGAGAAUUUGAGAAGCUAUAGUAAGCAUGCCGGCGAGAAACUUGUUCUGGAUCUUGAAAGCAAGGGAGUGAUGAGCGGGGCAUGGGAUUUGGGUUGGAGGCAUGACUUCACUGUGGAUGAAGUGGAGCAAGUUGUGGGUGACAUAGAGAAGCUACUUUUCAAGGAGUUGAUAGAGGAUUUGUUUGCUGAUUGUGUUCUUUAGCAUUUCAAUCAUGUUUAGAUGUUUGGGUUUUAGAGGCUGGUAAUGCUAUUUUCUUUUUCUUUUUUUUGCAUUUUUGGUACAUCGGAGGGAGAGUCUUGCUUUUGGCAGUUCUAGCUAAGGCCGGUAAUAAUAUUUUUGCAAGUGAGGAUAGCAUAAUAAUUAGUACAAGAAGAUAGGGUAACAAAA